AAAACCUCAUAAAAAUUUUCUGAUGGGUCUCCUUCCCCAACUCAAAAGCUGAUAAAAAAAAUAUCCUUUUGAUUGAAGUGUGUUUUGGUAGUUUUAGGUUUUGUUAUUUGAUGAAUCUGAUCAUCUCUUCUGAACAGGAAACAAUAACUGUCUACUUCUAUUCACGGUUUCAGUAGUUGUUGUUGUCCUUGUUCUUUGAUCUUCAAUCAUUCUUUUUUUUUUUUUUUGAUCACAUCAUCUUUGAAGAGACCAUUAACAACCUUCAGUUUAUGCUUCCAUCAUCAUAUAUUUUUUAUUUUUUGUUUUUUAUUGUGUUUUUAAACCAAGAAGUAAUGGAAAUGUUCUUAAGAAACCCUUUAUACACAAACCCAGAACCUUGUCAGCACCUUGCUGAGUACAAGCUCAAACAUGGUUUCAAUGGCUACAAAGCCAUCCAAAAGCUCCUUGUGACAUCCCCUAUUGGGAAAACCAGUGUGAAGAAACCCAAGGCGGUACCCAGAUGCGGUUUCUGUAAUGGCUGUGAAGGGCGGUUCUAUUUGUGUCUGAUUUGCUCUUCAUUCUCAUGUUUGGAUCACACCAUUUUGCACUCUCUAGUCCCAGAAAACGGCAGCUCGGGUUGUUUGUGUGACAUUGAAGGGCUGACCUUUAUUGUGGGGUGGUGCUGUGAUCCAGUUUAUGACCCUGAUUUUUGAUCCGAGUUUCUGAUGUCUAAGCACUCAAUGGGGUUGACAAGUGGUGCCACUGGGAAUGAAAGCAUUGGGCAGAGGUUGAUCAAGAGGAGGAGAUUGAUUUCUGGGGUUGGGUUGAAUUUUCAGAAAUCUAAGUGUGGAGUUUCCACCAAAGAUAUGAGAGCUAAAUCAUGUUAUCCUAUGGGGUUGAGGGGAUUGAACAAUCUGGGUAGCACGUGUUUCAUGAAUUCUGUGCUCCAAGUAUUGCUUCAUGCUCCUCCUGUCAGGGAGUAUUUCCUUAGUGGUGGACACAGAUUGGAAGCUUGUCAUCGUAGAAGAACCACAGAUCUGAUGUGUUUGCUUUGUGAAGUCAAUGCUAUUUUUUCCAGCUGUUGUACUCCGCGGGAGCAGAAUCCAUAUACUCCUGCUCAGUUUCUAUACAGAUGCAAUCCAUGAGAAAGAGGGCAAAUCAAGAAAUGGAAGCAAAGGUAACGAACGACUGUCAAUGCAUUGCUCAUAGGGUGUUCUAUGGGUUAUUGAGAUCAGAUGUUACGUGCAUGACCUGUGGAUUCACCUCAACAACCUAUGAUCCUUGUGUUGACAUUUCACUUAACUUGAACACCAG